AUGCUGCCUCUGUCCCGCUGGCUGAGAUCUGUGGGAGUCUUCUUGCUGCCAGCCCCCUGCUGGGUGCCCCGGGACAGGUUGCUGGGUCCCCUGCGGCGACCCACCCUGGGGCACAGGUGCCCAGUCCUGGGGGCCUGGCACAGUGCCCGCUGCUGGUGGCAAGUGUGGACAGAGGAGCCUCGAGCAUUUUACUCCUCCCUCAGAAUGAAUGGAGACCAGAAAUUGGAUGCUUACGCCCAAGAAAGGCAGGAUUUCAUCCAGCACUUCUCCCAGAUUGUCAAGGUGCUGACUGAGGAGGACAUUGGGCACCCAGAGACAGGAGAUGCCAUUACCCGACUCAAGGAGGUCCUGGAGUACAAUGCCAUUGGAGGCAAGUACAAUCGGGGUUUGACGGUGGUGGUAACAUUCCGGGAGCUUGUGGAGCCCAGGAAACAAGAUGCUGACAGUCUCCAGCGGGCCCUGACUGUGGGCUGGUGUGUGGAACUGCUCCAAGCCUUCUUCCUGGUGUCAGAUGACAUUAUGGACUCAGCCCUCACCCGACGGGGGCAGACCUGCUGGUAUCAGAAGCCAGGCAUAGGUUUGGAUGCCAUCAAUGAUGCUUUCCUUCUGGAAUCAUGCCUCUACCGCCUGUUGAAACUGUACUGUCGGGAGCAGCCCUAUUACUUGGACCUGAUUGAGCUCUUCCUGCAGAGUUCUUAUCAAACUGAGAUUGGGCAGACCUUGGACCUCAUCACAGCCCCCCAGCACAACGUGGAUCUUGGCAGAUUCACAGAAAAGAGGUAUAAGUCUAUCGUCAAGUACAAGACAGCUUUCUACUCCUUUUACCUUCCUGUGGCUGCUGCCAUGUAUAUGGCGGGCAUUGAUGGAGAGAAGGAGCAUGCCAAUGCCAAGAAGAUCCUGCUGGAGAUGGGAGAGUUCUUUCAGAUUCAGGAUGAUUACCUUGAUAUCUUUGGGGACCCCAGCGUGAUGGGUAAGAUCGGCACAGACAUCCAGGACAACAAGUGCAGCUGGCUGGUGGUUCAGUGUCUGCAGCGGGCCUCUCCAGAACAGCGCCAAAUCCUGCAGGAGAACUAUGGGCAGAAGGAGGCUGAGAAGGUGGCCCGGGUGAAGGCACUCUACGAGGAGAUGAAUCUGUCGGCUGUGUACAGGCAAUACGAGGAAGACAGUUACAGCCACAUUAUGGGUCUCAUCGAGCAGUAUGCUGCGCCCCUGCCCCCAGCUAUUUUCCUGGGGUUAGCACAAAAGAUCUACAAGCGGAAAAAGUGA